GAAACGAUCUGCGCCGUUUGGCAUCGGUUGGACGUCAGUAUGCUGACGAUUGCUAUCGCGUUAGCGUUAGUGAGUGAUCUCACGCUGGUCAAGUGUAUAUACCUGGAACCGGAUCUGUCCACCGGGGGAGAUGUGUCGGAACAGCAGUACACGUACAUGGUGCAGUUACAACAUUUUCUGGUGGUUAGCUACGUCCACCACUGUGGUGGGACACUUCUCACAGCGAGCUUGGUUCUGACUGCGGCUCACUGUGCCCAAGACACCAUGAAGCUACGAGCGCAGGCAGGUACUGUGUGGCGCAAUUCAAAGACCGAGGGACAACGACGAGACAUCGUCCGCCUGUUACGACACGAACAGUACGUCCAGGACGGUACAGCCGGACCUUACGAUAUCGCUCUGGCGCUGGUGGAACAACCGUUCCUGGUGGACGGCAUUAAUCUAACCGUCAUUCCUUUACUGCCGCCCUACUACGAACAUCCGGCGGCGACGGACGUGUUGGGCUUUGGAAAGAUCGAUCACGACGAUACGUUGCCCGAUCGGUUGCGAGUGGUGAAGUGUGAUUUACACGCACAAAACGAGUGCCCGAAUCAGGAUGCCUUCGGAACGUUCUGCGUCGGGAGUCCGGGCGCAACGGCCUGUGAGGGUGAUUCCGGUGGGCCCGUUGUAGGCACGAUCGAUGGUGUUGAUUGGUUGGUUGGGUUAAUAUCGCACGGCAAGAAGGUGUGCGGAGCGGGACCAUUCAUUUGUACCGAUGUCAUUUGGUACCGUCCCUGGAUAGAGGAAGCUACGCGCAAUCUGACGUUCGACAAUGACUCGGCACUAGAAAAACAAACGGUUGAAGUAUUUAUUUAAAGAAAAACGGCUCUAAAUAUAUUUGUUGUAAGCUUUAUCUUAAAUUAUGCACAACAGCAAGGGGCGAUUUUCGCUCUUCAAAUCGAACAAACAUCCGCCAUUGAAUGUGUAAUUAAUAAUUGUGUAAAACAAGCGAUUCGACGGUAAACAACAACAAUGCCGGUCGAUUGACAAUACGCCGCGUACUCCAGGAAUUCUCCACCGACCAAAAAAAACCCUGUCCACGUGGAAACCUCACACCGCACUAACGUAAUUAACCGCAUGGAAAUCGGCUCGGCCGAGCAUGAUAUAUAAAUUAAAUAAAGCAAGGCACAGCGAGGACUCGCGCCAUUGCGGGUGGUAACGGUCAGACUUCAAACAGAUAUUCCUGAUCAGUCGGGGCGAUAUUUUUUUGCUGUGUCCUGCUAACACGCCUAACUAGGUCUAAAAUAGUUUCAAUAUUACUUUUGGGUCGAUAUAAAAACGCGCUUGUUGCAGAUUUAUGUUUGAGGUUGAUUACCGGCUGCGGUAAUAAAAUAUUGACAGACAAACAGCCAACAUGCCGGACCGGUACGCGUCAUUCGAGCGAAAGUACAA